UCCACCGCCACCACCUCCCACAACCUUUUAGCGAUCCUUAGAGAGAGAAAGAGGAGCACACUCGCGGGUAGGGGUCUGAACAGCGCCGCACUACCGAAAGCGACCGCAAGACCACCCCUUCCUUCUCUCUCUCCCCCCCCAGGGGCGCAAAAUCUUAUUCUUCUUGGAAGGGAGAAGAACAGAGCAGGCAGGCAGCAGCGAAACAAACAACCAUACUAGCAAUAAUUAUUGCAAGAAGAGAAAAAAAAGGAGGAGGAGGACAUAAAAGAAGCGAAAGCGGGGAGAUAGCACUCAUCAUAACACGACACGAUACUUUGUGCCCUUCCCGAUACUCCCAUCGACUCCUCCCUCUUUAUGACGCUGAACAACAAUAACCACGGCGACCAAGGGAUCAUCAUCGUGCCAUAGGGAAGAAGAUUUGAGAGAGAAAGAGAAGAGGGUGGUGGUGGUUGGCCGGCGUACGGACACGGGAAAACCGGGAUAAAAGAGCGGAAUGGGGAGGUGUGCUUGAGAGGAAGUGACGUGGGGGAUUGGUGGUGGUGGUGGUGGUGGUAAGGGGUGACGAUGAAGUUUAUGAAACUGGGAUCGAAGCUGGAUGCGUUCCAGUCCGACGGGAGCGACGUCAGGUAUGUGGAAUCCGAGCUGGCAACGGAUGUCAUUAUACAUGUUGGUGAAGUGAGGUUUUAUUUGCAUAAGUUUCCUCUUCUAUCCAAGAGCAACCGGUUACAAGGAUUGAUACUCAAGGCCAGUGAGGACAGUACCGAUGAAGUCUUCAUCCAUGAUUUUCCUGGUGGACCAAAAGCCUUUGAGAUAUGUGCUAAAUUCUGCUACGGCAUGACUGUGAUUCUCAAUGCCUACAAUGUUGUUGCUGCUAGAUGUGCAGCAGAGUACCUAGAGAUGACUGAGGAUGUUGAAAAAGGUAAUUUAAUAUUUAAAAUAGAGGUUUUCUUGAACUCCAGUGUGUUCCGUAGUUGGAAAGAUUCCAUUAUUGUUCUACAAACCACAAAGUCAUUGUUACCGUGGUCUGAGGAAUUGAAGGUGGUUGGAAGAUGCAUAGAUUCCAUUGCUUCCAAAACAUCUGUAGACCCUGCUAAUGUAAACUGGUCAUACACCUAUAGCAAGAAUUUGGCAGCUUCACAUGAGAUAGUUGAAUCCCAACAAAGGAUGCACAAUGUUCCCAAGGAUUGGUGGAUUGAGGAUAUAUGUGAGCUGGAUGUUGAUCUUUACAAGCAAGUGAUGGUUGCUGUGAAGUCUAAAGGGAGGAUGUCUUCUAAUGUGAUCGGAGAGGCCCUCAAGGCUUAUGCGGUUAGAUGGUUGCCUGAUUCUUAUGAUGCCUUGGUUACUGAUGACUACACAAGAAGGAACAGGACUCUGGUAGAAACCAUUAUUAGGCUGUUGCCAUCAGAUAAAGGUUCAGGUUGUUCCUGCAGAUUCCUUUUAAAAUUGCUGAAAGUUGUUAUCUUGGUUGGAGCUGGGGAUCUGUUGAAAGAAGACUUGAUGGAUCGUAUUAGUCUGCAAUUGCACAAAGCUUCUGUAAAAGACCUGCUGAUUCCAGCAAAAUCAUCGGGCGGCACCAUGUAUGAUGUUGAUCUGGUGCAAAGCCUAGUCAGUAGAUUUAUGAUGCGGCUUGGGGGCACUCAUGAUACUGAUUUUGUGGAAAAGAGUGAAAAUAGGAUGCAUGAAAUUGAUUUAGAACACGAAUAUUUGUUGACUUUGGGAAAAAUGAUUGAUUGUUAUCUUGCUGAAAUAGCCAGUGAUCCAAAUUUGCCAAUUUCUAGCUUCAUUGAUCUUUCUAUGUCAGCUCCAGAGGCAGCCAGACCAAUUCAUGAUGGGCUGUACACAGCCAUUGAUAUCUAUUUAAAGGAGCAUCCAAGCCUGACUAAAGCAGAGAAGAAAAGGAUCUGUAGGCUGAUGGAUGUCAAGAAGCUCUCUGUGGAUGCUUGCAUGCAUGCAGCACAAAAUGAGCGUUUACCUCUUAGAGUGGUGGUUCAGGUCCUCUUCUUUGCGCAGAUGAGGGCAGCUGCCAGGAGCCUGACAGCUCCAACCAAUGAAACAUUACAAGGCAGGACAAUGCCCGGAGCAAAUGUGGAAGAUGAUUGGGAGAGACCAGUGCCGGAGAACCUGAACUCUGUAAAGAAACAGCUGGGGAACUUGAAGAUAAAAGAUGAUGAUUGUCGGAGUAAUGGUGGAAAGAAGAGUAAUGGGGAUAACAAGGACAGCGGCGGCGGGUUAUUGCUGCCAUCUCGGUCAAGGAGGAUAUUUGAUAAGUUCUGGGUAGGGAAAGGGCAUGGGGAGAACAAAAGUAGUGAUACAUCUGGGAGUUCGCAGAGCCCUCCCACUUCUGUGAAACCUGUGGAAGCUAAAUCUUCUGGGUCUUCAUCAAGGCACAGGAGAUACUCUGUUUCAUGAGUAUAAAUUUUGGGUGGAAUUUCUCAUCCUUUUGUAUAGAAAAAGGGUAAUGUGUUUCAACAGAUGGGGCAGUUCCACAUGUUUCAGCAAAUGUUCAAAUUUUUUCUUCCUCCUCAUUCCCUCCUUAAGGAAGGGAUGGGAUGUUAGCAGUUAAAAAUGCACACUGCUUUUGUAUUAUUACUUUCCUUCUAACUUAGUUUAGUGUUUUCUUUAA